CCGCGGCCGGCCUGGCAGCUUUUCCUCGAUUCUCCAUUCUCUCUCCUCGCAGCUGCCGACCGGAAAUCCACUGGCCAACAGAUUCGUGGCAUGUUGGAACAGCUCCAAACGGCGUAGGACCAUGCUCUGACUCUGAGAGUGUUGUCCGAUGCCCCCAUAUUUAUUUGCUCCUCGAUUACUAAGUGUCCCCCCAUUUCCCCCGUCCAAUUGAGGACUGAGGACAUGCCACCAUGAAUCCCCCGAGCUCUGGUGCCGCAACAUCACCGAUGACCGGUGCCAUCCGCACCGAUUCCCGAAAGAAGCCCUCCGGCGCAAUUGCGAAACGGGCUUGCGACCAAUGCAAGUUCCGCAAGAUCAAGUGCAGUCUCUCCCAACCAUGCCGGGCAUGUGUCUCCAUGGGCUUUGAUUGCACCUUCUAUCAGCCGCAAAAGAAACGAGGUCCCACUGGACAUCGUGUGUCCCAGAUCCGGCAGCAGCAGACCCAACUAUCGGGUUUGAGUGGUGCCCAGAAUCAUGUAGCUUCCAAUCCCCUCCCAGGGACUUUCACCUAUCAAACAGGCUCGCCGUCUCGAGGAGAUGGGGGCUCAAACACGGCCCAACCAAUGCAGGAUGCUGCACACUGGCCCAUGCACAGCGAGGGCACUGUCCCCGUUGAGCUUGCUCCUCCCCAAGCACCAGCCCAGAUGGCGCCCGGUUGGAAUUCUGGAGCUUCUCCAAUCGAGUCUCAUAGUACUAGUGGCGUCAGCUGGAAUGAGCGCAGCGAUGUUGAGUACUGGCUUCCAGAUACGCUGGAUGCUCAAGUGCCCGUCUUCGAUUUCCCGGGCAGCAACAUCUACCUAAAAACCUCUCUCCCAUCUAUCAUACAAACAGAAGCUGCAUCUACAGGCCUACCGUCACAUCAAGUGGAGGCCGCCAGCGUUCCCAUGUCCGGUGCGAAUGUCCUGCCCCCGCAGUCGAACGAGACGAAUACGGUGUGGCCUUCAUCCAUUGUGGAGGCAAACAUGAUUCCCUGGAUUGAUGUCUACUUUGACCGUUUACAUCCAACAUUACCGGUGCUGAACCGAUCGUCCUUGUUCAUCCGUAUGCUGUCCCAGGAGCACCGCAGGAAUCCGCAGUUUGGUGCAAUGCUUCUCGCGUUGUGCGCAUUUUCUCUUACCCAACCCAUCGAAAUCGACGAGCGACCGACAUCGUCUUCUCGAGCAAGUCAGGCUCGGUCCAUGAUGAAUGAGGCGACUAAGAUGCGCAGCUGUUCCGAUUUCGGGGAACACCCAACGGUUGAAGCCGUCCUUACCAGUUUCUACCUGUUUGGGUGUCUAUUUGGCAGCAAUCAGCACAACGCCGCAUGGCUCCGUCUGCGGGAGGCCCUCGACCUUGCUGCUACACUGGGAUUGAACAAUCCGGAUUCGUACCGAGAUUUGCCCAGCGAUGAAAAGGGGCAACGUUUACGGACUUAUUUGGUCCUGUCAAUCACGGAGAGAGCUUACGCAUUACAACGAAGGCAUCCAAUCACCUUUUGGGGAAGACCAGGGUUUAGCAUGCGACCCGUUCAUGACUUUAUCCAUAGUGCCACCCAUAGUCUUGUGUCCGGCAUCAUAGUUCACAACGAAAAGGAUGCCGAAGGAAUGAUGGGACUCGCUCGACUAAUGGAGUUAUUUGAUGCGAUUGAUGAGGAUGUUGUCGAUUGCUGGAACCAGCGAUGUAACGUCAAUGCCGGCUAUUGCGAGAAGCUCACGGAAGCCAAGGCUCUGUCGAUACACCAAAACCUCAGCCGUGUCAGUGAAUCUGAGCGGUACAAGGGCUACGACUGGUUUGAACGCUCCAAGUCGGCCCUCGGCGGGAACCAGAGCAACCGCCCGGCGAUAGGUUUGAGGGAAACUCAAUGUGCAGACGUCUUUAUCACGAAGAAAUGGCUCCAGAACCGCAUUUGGGUGCUCUGUUCGACCCAUGGUCUACUACGGCCGGCAUCUGAACGCCAUGAGCUUAGCCUCAACUACGCUAUUUCCGUUGCAAAAGAGACACUUGAUAUCUGUCGUUCUUUGCGACUGAGCUCCAUGGAAGCGCAUGGGAUAGGCCUUGACCAGGUUGAGAAGUUGUUCGACAUCGCAGUCGGUGCAAUCAGUGUCUUGUUCAAUGUCCAAAUACCUCUCGCCAAGGGCAUCACGGUGGCAUCGCCCGCCAGAACGAUUCCCAAUGCUCAGGUUCCAACGGCUGAUAGCCAGGUGCUCUCCAAGACCCUGACGGAAGACUUUAUGUUGCUGAUGAGCAGCCUGCGAGGUGGAAACCACCCUUUCAUGGAAAAGUAUCGGACACUGUUGGGCUCAUUGCACACUACUGGCCAUGCUUGGGGCUCGCAAUAA